AUGUCUCCAGUCGCCACCUCUGCGCUCACUGGGCGGCAGCUGCUGGGCCGCUUAGCCACGGGGGAUCCCAGGCCACCUCCUGGGAGGUACCGGACUGGACCUUGCUUCGCUGGGUAUCCGUACUGUGUACUCCGUACGCUAACCUCAACCUCCCUCCCGACUUGGGUCACCUCGGUGGCAGCUAGAUCAAGCUUUUCGCAAGCUGUCAACCUGCUACUCCGUAGUCGUCGUAACUUCAAUGACACAACGUCAACAACAUUGUACCAAAUGGGUUCGGUCUGGUAG